GAAAGCAGAAGACAUUCGUGAUGAAUACUUAUUUGGUGUUUGUUGUUUUACUUUUGGUGGCAGCCUCUAUUGCCAAGGGAACCGAUGAAUCUUCGCAUCACCUUGAAAAGCGCCAAGCAAAAACAACUAUCCACGUGAAGCCUCCGCCAGGAUGCAUAUUUUACGAGUGCAUCGCUAGCUGCAGGCAACGGGGUUAUAAGAAUGGCGGGUUAUAA